AUGCUUCUCUCAUUGCAUAGGGCAUCGUCACGGUUUCGAACCUCAUUUUCAUCCAUCUGCGUCUCCAUUCUUUUAAUAUUAUCUCUCCUGAUUACAUCAACAUUCGCAGAUCAGCAGUCGUGGCCUCUUCCGGAAGAAGUAUCAGCUUCUUUACUCCACGAGAUCCCUGUUCUUCAUACUGCAUUCGUUCAAAUUGGGGAAGAACUUCAUUAUCUGAAUCAUCCGAUUCGAUCGGAUAAUGUUCAUCAUUUACCGGUUUUCGAUUUUCAAGAUGUUUCGGAAUCAUCUAAUAAUGCUCCAAGUUCCCAUAGAAAACAGAAGACCCCAACAUUUAAUGUUCUGAAAAUGUCUGGAAAAGGAAAAUUACCAAUGGAAAUGGAUCCGCCAAUGAUGGAUUUUGGACAAAAUUCUGUCGGAACGGCACAGAAGCGAAAGAUUUACAUUCGAAAUAUGAGAAAUGAUCGAAUUUUCUUGGAUGCAAUUGUUGUCAAUUCGAUUGAGUUCCAAGCGUCUUAUUUCGAGCAAUUCAAACUUGAACCUCAUGGAGUCACUUCUCUCGAAGUUGUUUUCUUGCCUCGAGAAAUUGGGAAACGAUCAACAACUGUUCAGUUUUAUACUUCUGUAGGGUUGUUCACUUACAAGAUGCAAGGAGACUGUGUGUCGAAUCCAUAUCGUAUUUCUCCAUUCACAGGUUUCCGUCUUCCGAUGAAUUCAUCAAUUUCAAAACCAGUCACCAUUUUCAACCCGUAUGCCUACACUAUGCGAAUCACUGAGGUUGGAUCAUCUGGAGGCAACGGACAUAUUGAGUUGCCACACGAAGCGGAUAGUCUUAUGGCUGGUGAGCCACCACAGUAUUGGGAUAUUCGUCCAUAUCAAACAAAACAAAUAGCAACUCUCGUACUAGUUGGUGCAACUUCUGAAAAUUCGACCGUAUUCGUCAGAAUUGCUUCUGAAAUUCAUAUGAGUUCGGAGCAUCGUCAGAAAAUAACUGAUAUAUAUUUAACAGUUCCAAUUGAAGUUUUGAAACGACGUGGAGUAUAUUCAACGGAUGAAAUACUUGAUUUUGGAUUGAUUCGACAAGGUGUGAAAUCAGAAGCGAAGAUAUUUUCGGUGGCUCAAUAUCAGAUAGGUGGCCGUCUAGAGUUUGAAACUUUGUAUGUUGAAAAAGGAGAUCAUACAGCAAUUUAUAUGGAAUUCGCAUCUCAUCCACCAAUAAUUGUUCAUCCUCCAAACAAAGGAAGCGUCACUUUGGGACCGAAAUCAGAUCUUGUCAAAGUUUAUUUGGAGGGAAAUCGAGUACAAAUGACUUCUCAACAACAAAUCAAACAUAUCAGUGGACAUAUAAUAGCAGUGUCCAGAGGCGGAAACUAUAAUGUCAGUAUUCCGUAUCGUGCAGAUGUAUUCCGUGGAGAUCUUGUAUCGAUUGGAAAUGAUUUGUCAAUUCAAGAAGAUCUGCGUCCACCUCAUCAAAGAAUUAUUCGAAUUGAAAAUCAGUUACCUUUUGAUGUUGCUAUUUUCAAUAUCUCAAUGUCUCCGGAUCUCGUUCCACAUUUUUCAGUUCGCCUUAUUGACCGUACUGCACUCAUUCGUUCCGGCCACAUUUCACCAGUUUUCGUCUUAAAAUACAACAAAAAACUUUCUGCAACAUUCGACAACUCUACAAUUUUCGUCCAUACAAAUGUGUCUACAUUCAAUUUGAGUCUCUCAACAUACACUGGAAAGAUGAGUGUUGAAAUGACAUCAGUUGAUAAGAAUUCAUUUGAUUUUGGAUUUGUGGAGAGGAAUGAUACAAGAACUAUUCGAUUUGUCGUUUGGAACCACAAUCGUGCUGAGACGCGACUCAAAAACCUAGCAGUUCCCGAUCGAACCGCCUAUCGUCUUUAUGAAGUUGGUGUCAAAUCUAUCGGAAAUUUCUCAGAUGUUCGAAAUGAUGAGAGACUUGAGUAUGUUGAAACAACAGAUGUUGAUAUUCCACCAAUGAAAGGAAAGAUAUUUGAUUUGGAGUUAAAAGUUCCAUGGGAUGGAAACGUUCGAAAUGGGAAUAUAGUUUUCGAAACAGAUUUGGAGAGCAAAGUUUUCGGAGUGACAUAUCAAGUUUCAAGUGGAUCACUUCAAUCUAUUCCAGAAGAAAUUAGUUUCGGACAGACUUUCCCGUCGAAAUUGGUUUACAGAACACUUCAGGUAUUCAAUUCAUUCGACGAAGACAUGACAGUAACUCGUUUGACAACACUCAAUGAAGAUCCACGCUUCUUUUUCGAAGGAUUUGAUCCACUGAAUCCUCCAGUACUCCGUUCUGGACGACUCACAAAUCUUGGACGUGUCAUGUUCUCACCAUCUGCACCCUGUGAACAUGAGUAUUGUUAUCUUGGAUUGCCAUUGGCAAGUACAGAUGGAGCAUGGUUUACUCAUGGUCUUGGAUUGCCAUCGAACCUCCCUGAAAUUGAUUCAUAUCUUUAUAAACAAUUGAGAAGAAAAUAUGAUGCAUUGGUGAAAAGCGGAAAACAUCAUGUGAAUACAACAAUUAUUCUCGAUACAGACAAGGCGAAGAACAUUAAGAUCAAAACAUCUGCUGAACUAAUUUGGCCUCGCCUUCUCACUCGUAACUCUAUAAAUUUUCCAUUGACUGCUCUCGGAAACUUCACAAUUGUCAAUCUGACUCUGGCUAACCCAACGAAUGUUCCAGUUGCCAUACAAGUGAUUCCAUUGGUGAUAUAUCCAGAUGCAGAAUCACUUGUUGAAUUGAUGAGACCUCAUUUGGUAACUGAUUUGACGGAAUGGGUGGAAAUGAAUGAGACGUUGAUGUUUUCAUUACGUGAUACAGAACUUUUCACUCUGAAACCAGACUCGCCGGUUCCAAAACUCAGAGAAGCAUUCGAAUAUCACUUGAAUCAUGAAAUGGCUAGAUACAACAACGAAAUCAAUAUCCCAAGAUUCACUCUAUCAAUGAUUCUGAAGCCUCACAUGAAAGUACGUCUUCGUCUUGGAUUCUUACCAUCUGAUUAUAUGCUUCGGUCAUCACUUCUCUUGAUUCGAAACAAUUUAACUGCUCUUGAACCAGUUGUUAUGUAUGGAAAAGGAGCAAGAAUUGGAGUUAAAGUGGAAGGAGCCGAAGCUAGAUCUAGGAAACCAUUGUUAUUUGAAAUUCGACACGAUCAUUUGACAGAUUGUAAUAAUCCAAAAAGACUGAUGCAUAAACUCCACUCAACUCUUACUGUUCGUCGUCCAUUCCAAGUAUUGAAUACUGGAGAAGUACAGUUUACAGUAACCAAUAUGAGUAUAAAUGGAGUUCCAUGCGAGAAUAGAGGUUUUCGGAUUUUGAAUUGUUAUCCAUUCCGAUUGCAACCAAAUGAGACUUAUGCACUAGACAUUGCAUACACUCCGGAUUUUCUAACAACUACAAAUGAAGCAGACCUACAAUUAUAUAUGCAUAUGAACGGAAGUGCAUGGUUGUUCCCAUUAGCAGCUACUGUUCCUGGUGAUAUGCUUGCAAAAUGCCAUCAAGCGUUGCCACGUCCACCAUUUGAGAAUAUCAUGUAUUACAGUUGUGUGACAGCACUGAUAUUCUGCCUUGUAUGCGUUCUUGCAUGUGCUUAUCUCGAAGGAGAUCGUGCCAUCGCAUGUGCCAUUCGACAACAGUUUGCUAUUCCUCGCCAUGUUUUUGAUCUCAAUAAUCUGAAAGGAUCUUUUUCUUCAACGUCAUCUGUUCCAACCGCCACGUCAUCUACAACAACUACUACAGUACCUUCACCCAAGAAACCAGAAACUUCAACGCCUUCAGCACUUCGUGCUUCUUCAGAUUCCUGGUUGAUCAAAAAAUGGUAUUAUUCUCUUGCGAAUUGGGUUGUAAAAUGUGUUCAUUUGGUAUGGAAAUGGUCGUUAUUCUGGAGAAAAGACAAGUCGCCUGCUGAUAAAUCAUCGAAAUCCACAAAACCAGCGAAAAAGAAAAAUCCAGUGACAAUGCAGAAAGUAGAGGAAUUCCGUCAAAUGUUAGAAUUUGUGGGACAACAAAAGAAACAGAAAAAUGCGAAUGAAAUUGCAACAGAUUUUGAUGAGAAUGAGGAAGAAGAGUUGGCUGAAAUGUGGGCACAAAGAAAGGAUUCAGCAGUUAGCAAGGCAUCAGAAGUCCAAGUUCCUUCUGUUUCUGAUACGGAACCAGUCUUGUCUAAAAGUCAGAAAAAGAAGAAACGGGCGGCUCAACAAAAGGAAAAUAAUAAUUUGGAGGCUGCAAAGCCCGUAAAAUCUACAUUGAAUGUUUCUCAAAAUCGUGCUGAACCAGUGACAUCCUUGACUCCGGAUGAAUCACCAAAGCCUAGAGGCAAUCAAAGAAAGAAGACAAUUCCAUCGGCUAAAGUUCCAUCAACUGAACCUGUUCCAGUUGUUUCUACUACUUCUCAAGCUAAAACAGCUCAAGUUGAAAACCCGAAACCGCAGCAAAAAUCCUCGCGGGCUUCAAGUAAAAAUCCGAGCAAAACACAUCCCGAUGUUUCUUCAAACCCUCCGGUUAAUGCUAACCCAACUCAAGAAGUAUUAUCUCCAGUUCUCACGACAGCUUCCAUUGAUUCUUUCUAUAAUAAAUUUUUGUCUACGAUGGGAAUGCCAAUGGGAAUGCCAAUGGACGCUGACAUGUGGGAUAGUCCAACUGCUCAAGCAGCAAUGCCAUUUAUGAAUUUAUGGAGUUACGGAGAUCCGUUAAGUGUAGAACAAAUGGAAGAAUUAAUUCGUCAAGCAUCAGGAAACACGAUUGUUUCGAACACUCCGAAUACAACAACAGCUACAACUACUCCUUCUGAACGAGCUGUCAAUUUGGUUGAAGGACAAAUUGGAGGAGAGGAAGAAGAGGAAAAUGAGGCACCUGAUUGGAUUGAUGAGGAAGUAAAUGUGAAUGAUGCUGAAAUGGAUUUCUCCUCAAUGGCAGCUGCAUCGAGAGAUAUUUUCUGUGAUGACAUUGAUGGAUUGUCUACUGAAAUGAGAAGACAGAGAAGCCCAAGUAGAGAAUCAAGUACUUUUUCAAGUCGCAUUGAAAGCUCUCCUGAAAAGAUGGGCGGUCGUCGUUUGACAAUCGGAAGUGAGAAAAAGAACAAUCAAUUGUCGAAUGAGUUCUCAAGAACUCCUGGACAUCCGAAUAGAUUCAAUGGUUUAUCCCAAAAUCCAACUGAUUCAUCAACCAGUGGAUCCAUUUGGGGAGAUCGAUGGGGAGCAUCUUCAUCUCAACUUCCGUCAUCUUCAACUGCUGAGCCACCACCACCUGUUGAUAAUGAUCCAUUGUCACUUUCUCAUUUGGGACUCAACUUGGCUGAAAACUCACCAAAUGGUCCGUUGUUCGGAGAUACAAUGUUCAGUGGCCGUGAAUUCAGUAUGUGGUCUUCAGGUUCUCUGUUCUAUCCACCUGUUUCCCAACAACAACAACCACCAAAUGAGGAAAACGAAGAGGACAAAAAGAACGACUGA